AUCUUGCCGCAUUCCACAGAGCCGAAGUCGCGGCGCGCCCCGCGCGUGCCUUCGCCGGCCGACCCACGCGCCCGCUUCGCCUCAGUCGUUCCAGUGCGCGCAUGGAGCUUGUGCGCCUCGGCGUCGUCCGCCGUACCGUUUUACUCACGAGAUCGCGGACCACAGUGAAGUGAAGUGCCAAUGGAUGCGGUUUACUUCGGAUAUUAGUGUGUUUUGCGUACAGCAACAUUGGAUUUGUCUAUUCAUGGGCGAGUAACAGUGAUCUCGAGAUGCGACAUGCGUGCUCUGUGUUCGGUUCGCGGGCCGCUGGGCGGAGAGUCGCGCGCGCUCGGCGCGGGCGCUCGCCUCUUAUCCCUGCGGAUGCCGGGCCUGGCUCAGCCGCUCCACUUCGUCGUCGAAGCCAAGGCGAAGGUCAAAGAACUGAAGGCCUUGGCCAACGCUCAUACUCAACUACAGGGCAUGACCGAUACGGACCUCUUCGGAUUAGCUGUUAUGCAAAAUGGCGAAUACUUAUUUGUUGAUUUGGACAGCAAGCUAUCUAAAUAUGCGCCAAAGAGCUGGAGAUCGUCUCAUACCCAUGGUCUCGAUGCAAAUGGAAAGCCUCUCCUCGAAUUGCACUUGGUCGUGCAGUUUCACGUUGAGAGCCCCCUACUUUUGCACGACGACGUCGGACGCCAUUUGUACUUCCUGCAGUUGCGACACAAUGUGCGUACCAGGGACAUUUUACCCGCAGAAGUGCUAUUACUCCUGACUGGACUAGCUCUACAGGCAGAUUAUGGAGACGCAGAGACUUACGAAGACCGAGACUACUUCAAAGUAGAUGAUUAUGCGUCCGCGUCGCUCACCGGUGACUGGGUCGCUGCGGCCAUGCGGGCCUGCCAUCGCGAGCACCGCGGCCUCUCCAAAGUAGAUGCGGAAACGAGAUUCAUUCGCGAAGUAUGCCUCCUGCCCGACACGAUCAACUCACACAGAUACCGAUUGAAACAAACUAAAACAGAACCAGACCCUGGCACGAUUUGGCUUCUUGUCACCGCCAAAGGUAUCAAAAUUUUACCAGAUAACGGUCCAAUUUCUACUUUUAUAUGGAGUUCAAUUGGAAAAUUAAGUUUUGAUAGAAAGAAAUUUGAAAUAAGGACUGAAGAAGGAAAGAUAACUUUGUACUCGUCGAGUGAAGAAAAAUGUAAAUAUUUGUUUGCACUUUGUAAGGAAACGCAUCAAUUCUCGAUGAAAAUUGCACCAAAAUUUAAUGAAAUUUUGAGAAAAGAAGAAGAAGAACGUAAAAUUUGUUACGGUUACUCGAAGUCGUGCAACUUACAAUAUAAUCCAAACAAAAGCGAACAAAGAAUAUCAGUUAUUUCCUCUACAAGUUCAAACACAACGUCAGGCAUUGUAAGCGACAAAGUUCAAUCAGAAGAUGAAUUGGAAAUUAUGAUAGACUCCCCACCGGCUCCUUCUACAGAAAGUCUGGCAUUUGCUCAUUUAUUAGAUUGCUCAAAUUCGUAUUUCAUUCGACACGUCCCGCAAGAAAAUCAGCGACUUAGUAAAACUUCUUCCUUACAGUUGCAAAAAUCUAAAACACGAACUAGAAAGAGCAAGGAAGACAUCGAUAAUAUUCCUAAAAGUGACCCGUCUAUUGAUUUUGGUCAAAAUUCAAGAAGUCAAUUAGAAGAAACUACUUCUUUACCUGAUCAAAGUAUUACUGAAACAUCAACAGAGAGUCCAGGAUCAAACAAAUUAAAAUGUACGGGAUCACAAUGUUCGUCGUCCUGUAGUACAGUAAUUAUGGCACGAACUGGGUUGAGUACGUUAAGUCGGGCAUCAGAUGCCAGCAGCUUAGAAUUAGGCUACAGUCAUACAGCUCAAAACUCUAUGCUAAGUGAUAAUAGUAAUAUGGGGAUAGAUGUUGGCUACUCUCAAGACACAGCGUCAGCAUUAUAUGAUGGUUUAGGCCAACCAGUAACAGUCGCUGCAUCUAGUGAGACAAGUGGAGUUUAUACUAUGGGCAGUUCUGAAUUAACUACGCGAUCAAAGAUUGAUACAUUAUCUGACGGCAGUAGAACAGACUACGGCAGUUCACAUUACGACAGUUAUAAACCAUCCAAAGAAAAUGAUCUUGCUGAUUUUGACAGCGUCUCAUCCAUAUUAAAAAAUAAGUCGGAGAGAACUAGUCAUACUGGUAGCGCGAUGCGAAUACAGAAACCAUUGCCAGACACUGACUGUGUAGAUGGAUCUACCAAGUUUCUUAAUAAAGAGCUCGACGACAAAGAAAAUUUAUUUCGAGAACGUGCUAACUCUAAUGUCAGUGCUGUCUCAUUUCAUGGUGAUGGAAGUGACCCAACUGAUAACAAGCAUAAUUUACUUAGCGCUAGUGAAUUAAGUGACUUGAUAGUAGGAAGAGGAGUAUAUCCAAAAAGUCAAUCGGUUAGUGAUACUUUGGAUUCUGUCUCAGAUUAUGUCAGGCUGCCAUUACCCUUUUCGGGUGAUAGUUAUAUUCAGGGCCACGAGGACACCGCUCCUUCCGAUGACAACUACCCAGACAAUUCAUUCUUCGAUCGACCACCGACGCCUCCGACUCGAACAGACAGCCGAAAAGUGUUAAAUUUAUCCCUACCCAAUAUACUAAACAUAGACGAAAAUGUGCCAAUUAUGCCGAAAUUUCCAGAUAAACCUCCGCCACCAUAUGAGUACAAUCAUAAUACAGUGUCGUCCUAUGUCUCCACACCGACAAAAGCUCCACCGGCAUACCCCGGAUCUCAAACGACAUCUACAAAUAUAGCAUCAAAACAAUUGGGUGAAAAAGAAGAGGUUGCUGCAAGGGUAGUAACGUCUAAACCAAUGAUCACUAUCCUCAAGGCUGAAGCAGGAGAGGUCAGCGCUUCAAGUGAAAGAACCUUCGCGAGUCCCAUGGUUUUGGAACAUCGGUUUCAGAAGUCAAAACGUCAUCAAGCAUCUAGUCGGCGAGCAGAAAGAUCGAAAUUAGCACAGGGUAUAAGCAAUAAUCUUUCCCCGUCGCGAGAUCUACCGCCACAUUCAGUGGACACCAACGUGCUGGUAGCCAUGAUGAAGUUACCCCCGCCUCCACCACCGCCGCGCCGCACGCGCCUGCCACCUCCGCCACCAGUCACUCGUCUACCUCCGCCACCGCCACCUCACAAUCCCAUGUUUCACCAGCAACUCUACAGCGAUGUAGACUACGUGUACUACCCACUACAGGAUCCCGCAAUAUCACAACAGAACUACCUCGAUCACAAGCUCACCGAAACGCGAAUGACCAAUAUGCAUAAAAGCAGUCUCCAAUAUCGAAGCACGCCAUUCCUAUCUACAUCUAUGUCGGUAUCAUCAGUUUACGGUUCGAUACAGAAUCUGUCGGAUUCCUAUGUUCAAUUACCAGGAGCGCGUACUAGCUGGUAUUCCCUAACAAGUAGGACGUCUCUGAGCAAUCAUUCCAUAAACCUCGAACGACCGCAAAUUCCCACGCGUAUUCCAGAAAUCUCAAAUUUCUCAAGAACGAAAUCGCACGAGAACAUAUUAAAUUUAAAAGAUCCACCCCCUGUUAAAAUGAGGCGUAUGCCACCCCCUCCGCCGCCCCCUUACGAGCAUAAGAAGAAGCUGCCGAACCAUCUUAGGGAGCUGAGGAUCCCGAACCCUAGCUCUACCGUGAACGCCAGUGUUGUGCAUAAAGUGAAAGAUUCAAAUUGUGAUUUAGAUAUAAAAACUCUUAGAGAAAAAAGCAAGAAUCUGGACUUGCCCCUUAUAGCAGCUCUUUGUAAUGAUCGAUCGCUGCUUAAACAAACUAAAGCAUUCGGUGCUCCAAAGUUGAGUAAACAAACAGGUAGUGACUGUGAAAGUGAUAGAAAGUGUGCAAAGUCUGUUCAAAACACCACCGAUAAUUUAGACUUUAAGAUUAAACAAGAUUAUAAUAUUAAGAGAGAGGUGACAGGGUCCCAAAAAAAGAUUUUAAUUCGAAACCCUACAGAUAAACUUCCAGCAUUGCCAGAUUCCGAAACCCACACACCUAGAGCAAUGUCUAACACUUAUGUAAUGCAUCCAAGUGUAGUUAAAACUAAGAAAAUACAACCUAGCUCCUGACAAAAAUUCAGAUAUGUUUACGACCAUAAUUUAUUGUGAAUCCUUCCAGUGCUAUGAGCUUUCAUCCGCCGACUUUAAAAGCCAUAAAUAAAGACUGAGAUUGUCCUGAAUGUUUUAGAUGAUUAGACUGGCUUUGUAAUUGUUACUACAACAUUCCAUAGUCAUACGUAUACUGCUAUCAUAAAUUAAAAUUUCCAUUCAGUCUUCGGGAAAAUGUUUUAUGUAACUAAGCGCAAUGAAUAACGAAAUUAUGCUAUUACUUUGUAUCACAAUAAAUUUUAUUUAGCAAAAACUUUAAACGAAACUGAUAUUUUAAUACUCGAUGUUUUAACAUAAUAUUACCUGGUGUAUAUAAAUAUUGUACAGAGAUAUCACGAAGUCAUUGCAAAGUUAUCGUAAUUGAAUAGAAAUGUAAUAAUUUCAGCAAAUAUUUAUUUUUGUUUACAAUCAUAAUUUGUACAUAAUAAUGUUAGACAUACUAAGUACAUAAUAUUUGUUCAAAUGUGUACAAAUGUAUAUUAAACUUUACUUAAUUGUAUAA